UCGGCGAGUGCCGGCGGCGAGCGCGCGGGGUCCGCGCCCGGAGCGCCCGGCCGCGCACAGGAGGGGCCCCACCCGCGGGGGAGCGGCCGAUGGGGAGCUGCUGCUGACCCAGCCCUGGGAGGUGCCCAGGAGACCUGUGCCCGAGCCCGCCCCGCGGAGGAUGGCUGACGCCCGCCCUGGGCCCGCCCCGCUCCUGAGGCCCUGCCAUGGUGAUGAUCCUGAGGAAGAGCCUCGAUGCCCAGGCCGCCGACUCCGUGGCCGGCAGGUCCUUCGACUCUGAACUGCGCCCGCCCGAGAAGAUGAGCCACGGACCGACCCUAUUCUCCCGUGGAGUGAUGGAAAACGACAGAUGGCGCGACCUGGACAGGGAGUGUCCCCUUCAGAUUGACCCGCCGAGCGCCAGCCUCUGGGAGCGCCUGCCCGAGCGGUGCCCGGACGGCACCCUGUGGCACCCGGAGGCGGCGGCCGCCGGCACCGUGACCAGCCUCAUCCAGGACCUCAGCCUCAGCGACCACCACGGGAACCCCUCCGCGCCCCCCAGCAAGCGCCAGUGCCGGUCCCUGUCCUUCUCGGACGAGAUGUCCAGCUGCCGGACCUCUUGGCGGCCCCUGGGGUCCCGGGUCUGGACCCCCGUGGAGAAGAGGCGCUGCUACAGCGGGGGCAGCGUGCCCCGCCUCGCCGGCGGCCCCGGCACCAUGCAGCGCAGCUCCAGCUUCAGCCUCCCGUCCCGCGCCGAUGCGCUCGCCUCGCCCUGCGACCCUGCGGGCUUUCCCCGCCACCUCGGGGGCCAGGCCUGCCCGGGGGCGCCCGGCGCGGCCACCUGCGGACAGGGUGACCUCUGGAGCCCCGACCGGAGCCCCACGGGGGGCGCGCGGCUGGACAUGCAGCGGUCGCUCUCCUGCUCCCACGAGCGGUUUGCCUUCGCCGGGUUCUGCGCGCCGUCCGCCUGCAGCACGCCCGCCUCCACGCCCGAGCUGGCCCGGCGCCCCGGCGGGCUGGCCCGCAGCCGCUCGCAGCCCUGCGUCCUCAACGACAAGAAGGUGGGCGUCAAGCGGCGGCGCCCCGAGGAGGGGCCCGAGCCGAGGCCUUCCCUGGACCUGGCCAAGAUGGCACAGAACUGCCAGACCUUCAGCAGCCUCAGCUGCCUGAGCUCCGGGACGGAGGACCGCGGCCCCCGCAGCCCCUUCGCGCUCCACGCCGGCAGCACCAGGUCCUGGGCCGCCCUGUUCUCGGCCACAGCCGCCGGGCCCGGGGGCAGGACCCCCGCCGGGACCCCGGUGCCCGAGCCGCUCGCCCCCUCCUUCGAUGACCUGGCCUGCAAGGAGGAGCUGUGCUGGGAGGAGGCGGAGGGCUGUGCCCCGGACGAGGGCUGCGGCCGGCGGAGGGAGCCCGCCCCUGCCUGGCGGGACCGGGUGGCCGAGAGCAGCCCCUGCUCCCUGGACGGCGAGCUGGACAUUGAACAAAUAGAGAACAACUGAGGCGGCCGGGCGGGGCGCACCAGGAUCCACGGCCCCCCUGUGGCACGGGGCGGGCGCUGGAAGCGGGAGCCCCACUCCCGGGCCUGAGCAAGCGUCCGGGAAGGAUCGGGUCCCAGGGAGCGCGCCCCUUCCUCCCAGAGGCUCCUGCCGCAGAGCUCCCGGCCCAGUGCGCCCGCCCGGCCACGCCGCGCAGCGGAGCGGAGCCGGGCCCUCACCACGCGGCCACGGGCCACAGAACUGCUGUGGGUUUGGGUCUCCCCGCUUUUCCUCGUGGGACACGGGCCCCACACAUCCCAGGCGCCUGCCGGGCACUCGCAUCCCCGCUCUGACCUGCCGCCCUGGUCGGGGUUCGGCCCUUCGGGGCCUGUUGGGGGCUCAGGCCCAUCCGGGGGUGUCGGGCCCUUCUAGGCCUCCUGCUCAGGUUCCGUGGGGGGUCGGCCCCACGGCUUCUCUCCCUCAGGCUCACUCUGUGCCUUGCCUCCGGGCCGCCUCAGGCUGGGAGGCUCAGGAGGCACUUCCUUCCGCAGCAGCUCAGACCCGAGCGGCCUUCAUUCCGAGUGAGAGUCGGGGCCCGGGGCCUUCACGUCCGGACUCUCGGGGCCAGGGAACAACUUGGGGCGCUGGUCAGAGGCCAUCUGUGUGGGGCAGCCAUGGGGUGGGAAGACGGACCCGCUUACCUCCCCCGUGUGUGGCCAGCCGUUCCCCGUGCCACCCUGUCACUGGGGGUGGCUUAGUUGAUUCCGGGGCGGAGAGAUGGCACCAUGGAAGGGCAACCUCUUGAAAACGUCCUCAGAAGGCGGGAGGGUGAGCAGGUGCACAUGCCGGGCCUGUGCCCAGGUCAGGGUGGGGUGUCGCUGGCCGCUCCGGGGACCCCGUGCCCAGGUCAGGGUGGGGUGUCGCUGGCCGCUCCGGGGACCCCGUG